GUUCAUUGGGGUAAUUCCCCGUCUCAUAUGGCUUUCGUAGUGCUGCCUACAUUUCCCAUGAUGUCAUUGGUUUUGCAGACAUAAAGGGGACAAGACAAGGCAUCCCACCACUUUAUCUCAUUACCUUUCAGAAGCAAAAUCUUCUGCACGUGAAGGUUUUUUACCUACCAGUCAAUUCCAGAAGUUUUUAUCACAAUGUUCAAUGAAGAUUAUGAACUGACACCCACCUCGGAUUACUAUACCGAUUAUACACCAACCGCAGACUCUUCGCCUUGUGAGCCGUCGGAGACAUUUUUUGGAUACUUCAUUCCGGCAGCCUUUACAAUUGUCUUUCUGUUGGAUCUAUUAGGAAAUGGAUUGGUGCUGGCCAUAUUGAUGAGCAGGCGAACCUCCUGGCAUCUAGCAGAUCACUAUCUGUUCCAGCUGGCUUUGUCGGAUCUUCUUCUUGGUCUCACGCUACCAUUUUGGGCUGUCCAGUAUGGCUAUGGUUGGGUGUUCGGUCAAGUUUCUUGUAAGCUAUUGGGAGCUCUGUUCACUAUAAAUAUGUAUAGUAGUAUUUUACUCCUUGUUUGCAUUAGCUUGAGUCGAUAUUUCUCUAUAGUUUACGCUGUGGAUCUUCAUAAGAAGCUGCGUCCCAUCCACACGUUCAUGAUCUGUGUUUUUGUCUGGAUGUUAUCUUUCUUUUUGUCUUGGCAUGAGUUUUAUUUUCGCGGGGUUGGAAAUAGCCUUCUAUCUGGCAAAACCAUCUGCUUCUAUAAAUUUGACCCGGAGAAAUCAAACUCGUUGAGGAUUGCAUUACAACUUACAGAACUUACUAUUGCUUUCAUCAUCCCCUUAAUAUUUAUGUUGUUCUUCUACUCUCGAAUAUUUUGUACUCUUCAAGGAUCCAGGUUGAACCACUCCAGAAGGUCUCAGUUAGUCAUCGUUGUUCUCCUGCUCGUCUUCUUCUUCUGCUGGGCACCAUAUAAAUCUUUGCAGCUCAUCGAUACUCUUCAAAGAAUGGGUUACGUCGCCCGCAACUGCCAUUUCGAGAUGAUGAUAGACAUUGGCCUGGCGGUCACUCAGACAUUGGGUCUAUGUCACGUCUGCAUAAACCCCAUUAUAUAUGCCUUUGUUGGGGUUAAAUUUAGGAAAGAAAUUUUUAAGGUUUUCAAAAGGUUAUCUGAUCAUGUGGUCAACACCAGUGUCAUUCUAUCCAGAGAUGGGACAAUCAUUACUGACUCUAAUCCGUCAUACUCCAAAAUUAUGUAAUCUCAGAUGUAAAAUCUAAAUUUUAACAGGUAGUAGCCAGUUCUACAUGGAAUUAUAAAAAAAAACAUUACAAAUAGAACCUCUUGUGUGAAUAGGCUUGCGUCCAGCUUUGCAACCUAGCUUUAUGUUUGUGAAUAAAGCAUUUUUGUGGGCAGUGCUUUAGUUUUUUUUUUUUUUAUCUCCAUCUUCCAAGAGCCAUAACUCUUAUUUUUUUCUGUUGAUAUAGCUGUUAGCUUUAUUCCACAAGUGAGUUUGAUUGUGCUAAAUGUAUAUAGUUUUUCUUAUCCUCAUAUCCCGUCCUCAUAUUCCGUCCUCAUAUCUCGUCCUCAUAUUCCAUCCUCAUAUCGUGUUUUCAUAUCCCAUCUUUAUAUCCCAUCUUCAUAUCCCAUCCUCAUAUCUCGUUCUCAUAUCCCAUCCUCAUAUCUCGUCCUCAUAUUCCGUCCUCAUAUUCCAUCCUCAUAUCGUGUUUUCAUAUCCCAUCUUUAUAUCCCAUCUUCAUAUCCCAUCCUCAUAUCCCGUCCCCAUAUAGUGAUGAGCAGCAGGGGCCAUAUUCGAAUUUGCUAUUUUUCGUGAAUAUAUGGACGAAUAUUCGUCCUAUGUUCGCUAAAUUUGCAUAUUUGCUAUGUUCAUUCCCUUUUUUUUCCCAUGUGAAAAUUCGUAAUUAAAUUUGCAUAGUGAGUAUGCACGAUUAUAUCUUUCACCUAAAAGAAGGGCGAGAUCAGUGUCCUCUGGAAGUGCCGAUAUUUGCGAAUAUUUGCAUAUUCACAUAUAUGAAACAUUCGCGCUCCACACCGACUCACACAGUAAAUAAUAUUGGAGCCUUCUUCGGACCACAAGCUGGAAGCAAGGAGGGAUGCUCAGUUUUUUUUUUACACAGUACACAUUUAUUGUUGUGAUGUGUACUGUGAAGAAAAAAUACAAAACCCCCCCCAAAAAAACAAAAAACGAAUAUUCGUCAUUAUGAAUAUAUAUUGCGAUGUUCCAAAUAUUAGCGAAAUCGCGGCGUGCCGAUAUUCGUGGUAAAAAUUUGCAUUUCGAAUAUUCGCACUCAACACUAUCCCCAUAUCCCACCUCAUAUCCUGGUUGUGGACUAUUAAAGAUUGUAACACAUCAGUAUAGGCAGGGAGUAGAUAAUUUAUAAUGCUCUAUAAACCAGGAGGGUUCCUGCCCUCGGCUGUCCGGGCAUGCUACUUUUGCACCAUCUGGAGGUCCACAGUUUAGAAACCACUGAUACAGGG